AUGGGGGCCAGCGGCAACCUGACCCGGACCAAGCUGGCGCCAGCGCUGUUCAGCCUGUACCACAAAGGCCGGCUGCCCGAGCACCUCCACAUCGUGGGAGUCGCCCGGGACAACCUGGACGACCAGCAAUUUCGCGACCAGUUACGCGGUUCGAUUCCGGAGGCGACAGACCAGGAGUGGGACGAGUUCGCGACCCGUUUGACCUAUGCCACCGUUGACGUCACGAGCGCCGAUGACCUGUGGGCCCUGUACCGGCGCCUCGACGAAUUUGAUCCUGACGAAAACGGCAAGCUGAACUGCCUCUAUUACCUGGCCCUGGCGCCCAGCCUUUACGAGCCGACGAUCAGCGCUCUGUCCGCGGCGGGGAUGGCUGACGACCGUCAAGGCUGGCGGCGCAUCGUGAUCGAAAAGCCUUUCGGGUCCGACCUCAACAGCGCGCAGCGGUUGAACCGGCACGUUCACGACGUAUUCCGGGAGGAACAGGUCUAUCGCAUCGAUCAUUACCUGGGCAAGGAGACGGUGCAGAACCUCCUGGUGUUCCGUUUCGCCAACUCCAUUUUCGAGCCGAUUUGGAACCGCAACUACAUCGACCAGGUGCAGAUCACGGUGGCCGAGGACGUGCUGGUGGGCGAGCGCGGCGAAUACUACGACCGGUCGGGCGUGCUGAAGGACAUGUUCCAGAACCACCUACUGCAGUUGCUGGCGCUGAUCACCAUGGACCCGCCGUACGCGUUUGCGGCCGACGCGCUGCGGAACGAAAAGGUCAAGGCUUUGAGCGCGGUGAGGCGGUUGUCACUGCGGGACGUGCGCGACAACCUGGUGAUCGGACAAUAUGACGGCUACCACUACGAGCCGGGCGUCGCGCCCGGCUCGCACACGCCAACCUAUGCUGCGUUGCGGCUUUACGUGGACAACUGGCGUUGGCACGGCGUCCCAUUCUACCUGCGGUCGGGGAAGGGGCUGUCCCGCAAGACCACGGAGAUGGUCAUCCAGUUUCGUUCGCCACCCCACAUGCUGUUCCCAGUACCCGACGACACGGUCAUACCCGGCAAUACGCUGUCGAUAUGCGUACAGCCGAACGAAGGGAUACGCCUGGAGUUCCAGUCAAAGGUGCCGGACGAAGAUCUGGGGAUGAAGCCGGUUUCGCUGGAGUUCCACUACCACGACGGAUUCGCCGGGAUAGACCUUCCAGACGCCUACGAGCGACUGCUGCUGGACGCGCUGGAGGGCGACGCUGCGCUGUUCACCCGCAGCGACGAGAUCGAACUGGCCUGGAGCAUCAUCGACCCCAUCGUGCACGGCCUCGACCUGCCGGGAGCGCCGGCCCCUUUCCGCUACCUGCCCGGCAUGGACGGCCCGCCCAACGGAGAGGAGUUGCUCCUGAGCGACAACCGCCGUUGGAUACCGGGCUGCGUGGAAGUGGGCUACGGAAUUUAGCGCGGAGAUCCUGGCACAAAGCAAGUAGGGGCGAAUGAUCAUUCGCCCCUACUUUUUGUAGCUACACGGUGGUGGCGACCGUUAGCCGUUGUUGAAGAUGUCGUUAGCGAUAUCCAUAGCCCCGCGGGCGAAGGGGAUACCGGCGUAGAGGGUCAUGUGGCCGAACACCUCGAUGACCUGGUCCUGGGUGAACCCGAUGUUCAACGCGCCGCGGAUGUGGCUGCGGAGCGGGCCCUCGCGGCCGAGAGCGGCGAGGCAGGUCAUGGUGCAGAGGCACCGGCUGGGCAGAUCAAGGCCCGGACGGGUCCAGGUGGCGCCCCAGUAAUAUUCGCCAGUGGUGCGGCUGAGCUCGCGUUCGGCGUCGGUGGGAGGCGCGGACCGGGCCCCACCGCCAGUACCCAUGUAGUUGCGGCGGUACUCAUCGCCCCGCUGGAACAGGCUGUCCGGGUCCUCGCUGGGGUCGUGGAUACGGGCCGGCGUGAAGUCGAUGCCGCGCUCCUCGAACACCUCUUUGCACCGGGUCAACGCCUGGAUGCCGGCUGGGGCUCCGCCGUACCAGGUGUCGUGGAUGAUUAG